AUGAAUUAUGUUGAUGACAGUAUUGGCUCUCAUCAUGCUAAUCAUCAUCGUAAUUCAAUCAGCAGUAAUAGCCAUCAGGAAAAAUAUUAUAACCUAAGUUUAUCAGGAUGGCUAGCUAAACCACUUUCACCUAUGGGAUCUGAUGAUUCAGAUGAUGAAUUGAACAACACUUCAUCAUCUCCGAAUUCUUCAUCACAGAAUCAUACGACAGAAAAUGGACUUGGAUCGAUGGAGUUAAAAGAAACAUCAAAUAAUACACAUAAUGCACAGCUUGUAAUACCAAACGUUCAACUCUUCACCGAAACAAUCUUACAACAGGUAGAACCGAAUAACUCAUCAUUAAUUCUGUCAGCUAAAGAAUCCGAUGAUCAACUGCCAUCAAAUUAUCUUCCAAAUAUGAUUCAACAUGUUCGACAACAUCAGCUAUGCAUUGAUCCAAGAGAUUUCGUAAUCCCUUACACUCCGAUAACUGUAGAAGAAAGAUUAGCCGGUACCGAUGAAGUUCGUACAACCGUGAUCAAUACAUGUGGAAUGACCGGUUUACCAUAUACUCUUCACGAUGAUGAUCCAUUUGAUACGAAAUAUCCUAAUUUUAUAACAAAACUACCACCAAUAUCAACAUUUUUCAAUUUUCGUAAUAAAAAAUAA